AUGAUAAUGAAAAUUAUAAAAAUCGUUAUGUACAAAGCUAAAUCAUUAUGUAUUGUUAGGUCGAGAGUUAUUGGUAAUACUUCUAAUUUUUUUGGAGUUGGAUAUAGAAAUUAUAUUACUGCAACAACAACAAAGUCAAAUGAUCAGAAAUUUAGAGAAUAUAAAGAUGAAUAUAAUGAAGCUGUUGUAAAUAAAAAGAAAUAUUGGGAUGAAAAAGCAUCUAAAAUAACUUGGAAUAAGAAAUAUGAUGAUGUUUUAACUGGCACACCAGAGAGUCCGAAUUGGUUCGACGGUGGAAAGCUGAAUAUGUGUUAUAAUGCAUUGGAUAGACACUUGGUGGAUCCAGAGUCACGCGAUCGUCUUGCAUUUAUACAUGAGACACCGUUGUAUGGUACCACCUUGAAAUACACCUAUAGAGAGUUGCACGAGCAAGUCUGUCUGGUCGCUCAGGCACUGCUGAAUCUUGGCGUGCAACAAGGCGAUCGUGUUGUAAUCUAUAUGCCUACGAUGCCGGAAGCGUCGAUGGCAAUGUUGGCAUGUGCAAGAAUAGGUGCGAUUCACUCGGUGGUUUUCGGUGGUUUCGCAGCGCCACAGUUGGCAGCGCGUAUCGAGCAUUGCCAAGCAAAGGUGGUAAUCUCUGCCGACUUUGGUGUUGAGGCGUUGCGCACCAUUGCAUAUACUCCGCUGCUAAAGGAUGCUCUUGAGAUCAGUAAACAUAAACCAGAGUCUGUUAUUAUCUACGAGAGAAAAGAUUUGGUUCCAAAGGAUCUUCCGGUGAUACCAAAGCUGGACGGUUGUCUCUAUUGGUCGGAUUUGAUUCGUAAGGUUCAGCCAAUGAGAGAUUAUGUUGAGGUCGACUCAAAACAUCCGCUUUAUUUGUUGUAUACUUCGGGUACGACCGGUAGUCCAAAGGGUAUUGUUAGAGAAACCGGUGGUUACGCUGUAGCGCUGGCGCACACAAUGAACAACAUUUUCAAUUGCGAGAAGGGGGAUGUGUUCUUUACUACUAGUGACAUUGGGUGGGUUGUAGCGCAUACUCUGGUGACAUACGGACCGUUGCUCAGUGGAAUGACAGCGUUGUCCUACGAAGGAAAACCUGUGAUACCGGAUGCAGGUGUUUUGUGGCGACUCUCUGAAAAGCAUAGAGUUAAAGCGUUGUUCACUGCUCCCACCGCUGCCAGAGCGAUACAGCGUGACGAUCCACAAGGUUUGCUUCCAAAGAAAUACGAUCUUUCCAAGCUGGAGUCGGUGUGGCUUGGUGGUGAAAGAGGAGAUCCAACCACACUAAAAUACUUGGCUGAUGCCACUGGUAAGCAGCACGGUAUUUUCGAUUCGUAUUGGCAAACAGAGAGUGGUUGGCCGAUGAUAACCAAUGCGCGCGGUGCAAUUCCUAUUCGAUAUGGAUCGGCUGGAAUGCCUGCUCCGGGCGCCGACUUGCAUGUGGUCGGUCCUGAUAACAAUAAACUUGAUACCGGUGUCAUGGGUGAAAUACUGGCGACACUUCCACUUCCUCCUGGCUACUGCACAAAGCUCUACAAGAACGACGACGGUUUCAGAAAAUCGUAUUACGCCGGAUACACCGGAUACUACAGAACUGGCGACGCCGGCUAUCAAGACGACGACGGAUAUUUCUAUAUUAUGACACGUGUUGACGAUGUUAUCAAUACCAGUGGACAUAGAAUGUCGACAUCGGCAAUUGAAGAGAUUCUCUAUUCGCAUCCCGAUAUUGUAGAGUGCGCUGUCAUCGGUGCCCACGAUGAAAUCAAGGGAGAGAUUCCAUUUGGUUUCGUUGUAAUGAAAGAAGGCAAAUUGUUCACACCAGAGACAGAGGCACAACUCAUCAAAAUGGUGAGAGACAAGAUCGGUGCCGUUGCAACAUUCAAACGAGUGAUGCCAGUCAGCAGAUUGCCUAAAACCAGAUCCGGUAAGAUCGUAAGAAACAUUCUGAAAGCAAUUUCCAACGGACAUGAGCACUAUGGAGUACCACCAACCAUUGAAGAUCCAGAAGUUCCUAAAGAAAUUGAAGCACAAUUCAAGAAGUAUAUGAACACUCAUCAAUUUUAA